AUGGGUGAAAUUGUGACUAGCGGUGAGAGAUUGGUGAGAGUAGAAGAAGAGGAAGAGUGUGGUGAAAUGAAGGGGCUUUUGAGAUGGGAGAGGUUUUUGCCGAAGAUGGUUUUGAGAGUGCUUUUGGUUGAAGCUGAUGAUUGUACUAGACAGAUUAUAACAGCACUUCUUAGGAAAUGCAAUUAUAAAGUUGCUGCUGUUGCCGAUGGAUUGAAGGCAUGGGAGAUACUUAAGGGAAGACCGCACAAUUUCGAUCUUAUACUUACAGAAGUCGAUUUGCCAUCGGUAUCUGGAUAUGCGCUUCUCUCGUUAAUUAUGGAGCAUGAUACGUGCAAAACCAUCCCUGUCAUAAUGAUGUCGUCGCAAGAUUCUCUUAGCACAGUAUACAAAUGCAUGUGUAGAGGUGCAGCUGAUUAUCUUGUUAAGCCGAUUCGGAUAAAUGAACUAAGGAAUUUGUGGCAGCAUGUUUGGAGAAGACAAUCACAGUCAACCGCAACCACUGGCAUAAAUGGUCCCCAAGAUGAAAGUGACGCACAGCAGAAGGUUGAAGCCACUGCUGAAAACAACGCUGCUAGUAAUCGUUCUAGUGGUGACGCUGCUUGCAUUCAAAGAAAUAAGGACUUAAUUGAGAAAGGAAGCGAUGCACAGAGCUCUUGUACAAAGCCAAACAUGGAAGCUGAGAGUGGCCUGGUUGAUAACAUGCAAGAAUUUACUCAACUGAAAUGUGCUGAAGCAUGUCCAAGUGAAAUAAAGACACAAGAAUUUGACAUUCGUUUAGGCCAGACAUUGAUCACCCAGGACAGUCACGCUGGAGGAUUAAGCGUGGCUAACCGCAAAAAUGGAGAGACAAACACAAAUAAUGGCAAUGACGUUGAUGAUCAAGAGCAUUUUAGGAUUGCUAGCACCAGUGUCUCAAAAAGUCAUCCAUUGAUUGGACAGACAAGCUUGACAAUUCUCCACAAUUGGAUCUUUCUCUUAGAAGCUCUCAUCCAAGUAACUUAG